CUUCCCAUAAUCCCAUGUAUUGAAAACAAAGUCACUUAUCAUACUCAUUGCAUUUUCUGUACCAUAUUACAUGUGAUACACGCAACUUAACUUAAUUAUUAUCUUGUCACGAGCAACUAGGUGCGCCACAACUACUACUACUAACUCCAACCAAUAUAUAUUCAAUCCAAAUAUUACAACACAUACAAAAAAAAUUAAAGACCCCAUCAAAUUUCUCACCAUGGAUAUGGAAUACCAACUCCCACAAAAUUAUUCAACCACAAAGAAGACAAAACAUAACUUGAUACCUGCUACGCCAACAUGCACCAACGACAACUACUGUUCCUGUUCUUGUUUCUUCUGCAUCGUGUCUGAAACAGUUCCUACUCUCAGAAGAGCCAAAAUCUCUCGCUACUUCAAACAAAUGCCUCACUUAGACGACCAAGAACACAUCCUAGCUUUAAAUGGGCUCUGGAAAAUUGCUGUCACUAAACCAAACGAUCCAGAGUUUCCUUCCCUUGGCAUAUUCAGAUGCAUGGCCAAAUUGAUUCAAAAAAGUGUCAGCUACAAAGAUUGGCUUCUUAGGGACCAGAAUAUGUAUAUCCCUUACUAUGCAGCACAUAUCAUUGGUUCCUACGCCAUGAAUGAAGUUAAGCUUGCGGAUAAAGCAGUUAAAUCCAACGUGGUUAAGCCACUAAUCGAACUAUUUAUUGGGAAAAUAAGUUGGGUUGAGCAGAGAGUUGCACUUCGUGCACUUGGCCACCUGGCAAGCCAUGAAGCAACUUUUGAAGCCGUAGCGGAACACGAAGCUGAAAUCAUAGAAGCAGCCAUUGACAUAGCUUCUACGUGCCUCGACACUGUUUAUGAGAAGUUUGUUUCUUUGAAGGAAUCAGAGAGAUUAGAGUACCAAAGGAACUUGCUGACGAGAGGGCAGAGAGGGUUGGAAUUAGAGAAUAGAAAGGCGGAAGAAUGGGCCAACCAGCUUCAGUGCUGGUCUCUCUAUCUUCUUGAUUGCUUUGCAUGGAGAGAAAGAUCUGUGGGAUUGAUCUGCAAGAAGCAGCAGUUCUUGAAGGGAUUGUGUGGGAUGUGGGGUGGUUUAGCGAAUCCAACUUCACCUGCGGGAUUAGGACUUGUAAGAACUCUUUGUCAUACCAAAAUAGGUAGAGAAAGCAUAGCGGAUUUGAAAGAAGUGAUAGUGAAUCUUUGUAACGUUUCAAGAUCCUCGGAUGAUAGACAAAAGUUGGCCAUUGAAAGCCUUUUGCAACUUCUUAAGGAUCCAUUCACAAGAUAUAAGGUCAUGGAUAUUGUAGUUCCUGUUCUUGUUGAUUUGGUUGAGCUCAAAAGCUUAGGACAAACAAUCACACAGACCCUAUUACAGGAUUACCACAAGAUCAAGUUUUUCAGGUCGUUGAAUUUGAAGAGCGAAAGGACCAAGAGAACGUUGGAAGAGUUAUGGGAUUUGAAGGUGGAUAGAGUGAAGAGAGAGAGUCUAAUGAGUGAGCAAGAGAUCAGAGAAAAAGAAGCCAUGGCUUGUGCUUUGAAACAAGAAGGAAACAAUGAGUUUUGGUUAGGGAACAUGGAAAUGGCUGCGAUGAAGUAUUCAAAGGCUUUGGAUUUGUGUCCAUUGAAGAGAAAGAGAGAGAGAGUGGUGCUUCAUAGCAACAGAGCACAGUGUCAUUUGGUUGUUGGAGAUGCAGAAUCUGCAGUGAGCGAUGCAAGUCGAGCUCUGUGCUUAUCGAAUAAUGGUUAUGGAACUGCCACGUGUCUUCAUGGGAAGAGCUUGUGGAGAAGAGCACAGGCUUAUGACAUGAAAGGGCUCUCCAGAGAGAGCUUGAUGGAUUGCUUGGUGUUCAUUAGUAACCGUUUUGGUGAGACUGAUCGGAAGAGAAAGGGUUUCAAGUUCAAGAUUCCGUACUAUGUGGCUCGUAUGGUUAACAAGCAGAUGAACGCCACGUGGCUCUUUGCUUCUUCGGAAAAGUCAAGGCGGCGCAGAGAUAAAUGCGAUGCUACCAACUAGAUGAAGAAGAAGACUACUACGUGGAGAAAAAUUAAAGUUACGUCUAACAAUAAUGGAGGAGAACCUUUGAUUGGGAGACGAGUGCGGCUAAACAGAAGAGAGUUGAGAAGGGCAAAUCCGAGGAGAAAAGUAGUGGGUGAAAAAUGAAAAUGUGUUAAGAAGCCAGCACAUAAUCCAAGAGGGCGAGACUACAGAAAAGUGAAGCAUAUCAGAGAAGGAGCACCAUACAAGACUAAGGUUUAUUUAUAUGUGGCAAGUAAAGCAUUAAAUGAACUUCAGGGUUAGCUGACAAUGCCAAGCAUUAAAUUGCUAAGCAUGCUAAAUAACUUUUUUUGUUACAUUUUUUUUUUGUGACUUUUUUUUUGUUACAUUUUUUUCUGGUGACUUUUUUUUGUUGUUACAUUUAAUAUAUGAAAAGAACUU